UGGUGAGGCCACGGAACCCCCCACCCACCCUCACUCGGAAGGGAGCAAGGGGUGAUCUUUCAGCAUGAAGGUUAUCCUGUGGCACAAAGAUCUCCUGAUGAAACCGGUAUUGGUUUAGCACUUGCCACGUGCAGAGACCAAGGUGGGUGCUGGGAAGGAGGAAGGCAGGAAAAUCCAGACAGGUGCCCCACCCUCCGCGUGCGCUGCCAAUCUGGGGAGAGACAAGACUGGGCUCCGGGAGCCCGUCAAAGGCUCUGUGAGUCAGAGGCUCCGAGUUCAAGUCUCGACUGGCUCUCUUCAUGUGACCUUGAGCAAGCUUGGCCUUCUCUGAGCCACAGGAAGACGGAGGUCAAACCAGAGGCCCAUAGGUGUCCUUCAGCCGGCACUUUCUAAGAUACUAGAAGGGAUAGAGUUCAGACAAGAUUGGGGCUGUGGUGCCAUCAGGAGGGGAGGCAGUGGGCAAGGGAUAAUAGCUUUUGGUGCCAGCUGAGCCUUUUCUAAACUCGUUCCCUGAUGACAAGGCUCCUACAUCACUGUGACAAACUAUGACAAAGUCCUUUCCUGCCAGCCUUCCCAGAGCCUGGGAGGCAGGAGACAUCUGGAAAAAGCCACUUUUGACCACAGGAUCCUUUUCUCAGGAAGCACCUUGAAGGCGGAGGGUCCUUCGGAACCUCUGCGUGGGCUGUUUACACAGCCAUUCACAAAGGCUUUGGCGGGCACCCCUCCCUCCUGGCCACUCGGACUGGCAGACAAUUUAACCUACAGAGAAGGGGGGGACUUGCUCAACCCGCCCACAGGAGGCAGUGUAGCUUGGGGUUCAGGGGAUCUGGAUUGAGGGGAUCCUGCUUCACCAUUUCCUCCUGUGUAGCCUCAGGCAAGUCCCUUCACUUCUUUGGCUUCGUUUCUCCCCUCUAAUAUCGUGCUCCCUGGGGGCUGUUGUGUGAGUUAAAUGAGUGAUGAACAUGUCAUGGGCACUUAGUAGGUGCUUCAUCAAUGGGCCCUGUGUAAUGACCACACACAGUGGAGGUGUACAGCCCUGUGAGUUUUUGUGCUCCCAGUCAACACCUGCUCAAAGGCAACCCCAACUCUGAUGUCUGCCCCAGGUGUCCAGUUUUGCCUGCUCUUCCGUUUCCUGUCCAUGGACUCACACCGUGUGUCCUCCUCUGUGAGGGUCAGCACUUUGUGGGUGCUCCCCACCCCUGUUGUCCUGUUGUCGGCUGUCAGCGUGUUCUCUUUGGCGGUUCUUAUUUGGCCCCAGGGACCCCAGGCCUCCCAUCACCUUUCUGUCUUUCUCUCAGGUCUCCAGCUGGGCGGAAGAGGGGCUGUCCACAAGGCGUGCCUACCCUGACCUUGGACAGAACAUCAACAGCUGAUUCCACGGGGCCAGGAGCCAGGCCUCAGGGAGAGACCGGCCAUGGGCCCCCCACAGCCUCAGCAUUUGGGGGCAGCACCUUAGGAAAACACGAGCAGCCUCCGUCCACCCUUUACACCGAGAAGAAGGGAACUGCCACGGACCCACCGCCUGUCCCGGGCCCCAGCUGGGCAUGGACCAGCACCUGUGACCUGCCAGAGCUGAUGCCGGGCCCCCAGGGGGCCAGAGGAGGCCCCACCAUGAGCCUGGGCAAGCUCUCACCCGUGGGCUGGGUGUCCAGCUCGCACGGGAAGAGGCGGCUGACUGCAGACAUGAUCAGCCCCCCACUCGGGGACUUCCGGCACACCAUGCACGUGGGCCGAGGCGGGGACGUCUUUGGCGACACCUCCUUCCUCAGCAACCACGGGGGCGGCUCCGGGGGCACCCACCGUUCACCCCGCAGCUUCCUGGCGAAGAAGCUGCAGCAGGUGCGCCGGGUGGGCGCCCUGCCCCGGCGGAUAGCUUCCCCGCCGUCGGCCUCGCCUGCUCCGCCCGCCGUCUCCCCCAUCAUCAAGAACGCCAUCUCCCUGCCCCAGCUCAACCAGGCCGCCUACGACAGCCUCGACAGCCUCGUGGUGAGCAAGCUCAGCUUCAACAGCAGCCCCGCCGGCUCCGCGGACGGCCACUCCAGUUACGGUCUGGACUCUGGGUUCUGCACCAUCUCCCGCGUGGCUCGCCCGGAAAAGCCUCGUGACCGAGACCAUGACAGUGCCUUCCCCUCCGAACCUGAGCUUCGCCGCUCUGACUCCCUCCAGUCCUUCCGCCUGGACCUCGACCUUGGGCCGUCUCUCCUCAGUGAGCUGCUGGGGGUCAUGAGCCUCUCAGAAGGCUCUGCAGCCGAGACUCCAGCCCCAGCCCCUGCCUCAAGCCCCCCAGCCCCUGCUGCCAACCCCCCAGCCCCUGCCUCAAGCCCCCCAGCCCCUGCCUCAAGCCCCCCAGCCUCAAGCCCUCCACCCCGUGGACGCUGCCCCAAUGGGGUAACUGCUGGGUUUGGCCCAGUGGCGGAGGCGAGGGCCAGCCCCGUGGGGGAGUGUCCCCGUGCACCUGCUGACAUGGCCCCUGGCAGGCACUGGGGAGCCGGCUGGAGUGGCAGCCGGGGCAGCCGCCACUACACUGAGAUGGAUGCUCGGCAGGAGCUGGUGAAGGUGCUGCCCCAGGGGCGGGCCUCUUGGGAGAGCCUGGAUGAAGAGUGGGGGGCACCCCAGGCAGGCAGCCGGGCCCCUGUGCCCAGCACGGUGCAAGCCAACACCUUCGAGUUCGCCGAUGCUGAGGAGGACGAUGAGGUCAAGGUGUGAGCAGCUGAGCGUGGGUUCGGGACUCCGCCCAGCCUCCGGCCACUCACUGCCCUGAAGAGCCCAGGUGCAGAGCUCGCCCUCACCUGUCACCUGGGUCCUGCUGAUGAUGGAUGGAGAACCCACACUGCCCCCAAACCCUCCACGCCUCUGCUGGACAGACAUGGGAGGGAGGCCAGUUCUGGGACCUGGGUGUUCCCGAGGACCCUGCCGGGCUGACCUGCUUCCCCCCACUGCCGCUCUGGACCCGGUGGCCCUGCCUCCGGCCCCGCCCCCACCGGCUGGAGGGCCAGCCUCACAGAGCCGCCUUUGUGUGGGGAAGCUGUCCUUGCUGGUGGGGGGUCGGGAGCAUACCACACAGGGCCUCUGUCUCCUCCCAAAGGGGCCGCCUGCCCAGCUCAUCCUGGAGCUUCCCCAACGUGCCCACCCCAAACCCCCCUUGUCCCAGGAGCCUCGAGGUAAAAUCAGGUGUGACCCCACCUUCUUGUGCACCCCAGACCUGCCUCCGGGUCCCGAUUAAAAAGGCUUUUUGAGA